CUAUGAUCUAUCUAUAUAUAGUGGCAAAGGCAAAUCCAGCGAAAGAAAUCACACAAGUACAAGAUCUCUAGCUAUACAUAGAGAGUAACUUAACUAUGAAGGCUGUGCUACUACUAACCCUCUCCUUCCUCCCCCUCUUUGCUUUCUUCACCAACCUUCCAUUAGUUUUGUCAGAUGAAGUUGAACAAGUUGUGGAUAUAAAUGCCAACCCUAUUUUCCCUGGUAGCACAUACUACAUCAUCCCAGCAAUCCGUGGCCCACCUGGUGGUGGGGUCAAACUUGGCCUGACUUCAAACACAAACUGCCCAGUUACUGUUUUGCAAGACUUUUCAGAAGUGAUUCGUGGUCUUCCAGUGAGAUUUAAGAUACCUGGAAUAAGCCCUGGCAUCAUCUUUACAGGUACCCCACUGGAAAUAGAGUUCGCAAGGAAGCCAGGGUGUACUGAAUCCUCGAAAUGGGUGGUGUUUGUGGACAACGAAAUCCAGAAGGCAUGUGUGGGAAUUGGUGGUCCUAAAGAUCAUCCAGGCCAACAAACUAUGAGUGGCACAUUUCACAUUCAGAAGUACAAAUUUGGGUACAAGCUUGUGUUUUGUGUCAAUGGCACUUCCACUUGUUUGGAUAUUGGGAGGUUUGAUGCUAAAAAUGGUGAGAGUGGAAGGCGUUUGAAUCUCACCGAGCAUGAGGCCUUCGACCUUGUUUUUGUAGAGGCUUCUGACUACGAAGCAAUUAUUAAGUCUGUGGUUUGAAUCAAAUAUCUCGAGGCUAGAUAGUAGUGUUGAGUUAAUGUCAUCAUAGUUGUUGUUCUGGUUUCUGUUGCAAACAGCUAGAAGUGGAACCACAAUAUGCAAACGUUGAAUAAGUGAAAUAAUAUGGUCAUGCUCUAUUGUUUUCCUA